AUGCGGACCUGCCUCCUGGAUUUCGUCGAUGACGGCGACGACAUGUCUCCUCGUCGGUCCAUGGAGCUUCUUUGGGCAGACGCCGUCUCCCAUCUCCCUCAGACCGAUGGUGAAAUCCUUCUGCCUCGCAACCUUUUCGAUGAUAUGCUUGACAUCGAUCACCUCAAGGACAUGGGAAUUCGUCUGGCAGCUAUUCUCAACAAGAAGGUUCAGAUUGUCCUGGAUGAAUCUAUGGAUGCCUAUCGCAUGUUCCCCAAGGAACUGGGAACGGAGCAUGACGAAGAUUUGUUGCCUGAUCAACAUAACAUCGAGCUUGAUGAACACCUUUUGCUCAGCAAGUCAAUCCAUCACGCUGGAGACUCUGUGAAGAUCCCUGCUCGCCCUACCAAAGUCCCUCGUCCCCCCAACUGCUUUAUCUUGUAUCGCCAGGCAAACCACCAUUUGGUCAAGGAUGCCAACCCUGGUGUUUCCAACAACGAAAUUUCUCGUAUUCUUGGCGCGCGUUGGAACAACGAGACCCCUGAGGUUCGCCAGCAGUUCACCCGCCUCGCUGAUGACCUGAAGAAAGAGCAUGCUAUCAAGCAUCCCGACUAUCAGUAUGCCCCUCGUCGUCCUUCGGAGCGCAGACGCCGUGCUCCCCGCAUUCGGACCAACUACCAGCCUUUCCGCAACGAUGAUUCCCAGUGCAUUGGUGGUGUUGAUUUCGACGAAGACUUUGAUGAACAUCUGAUCGCAAUCGAUGACGACUAUUUGUCCGAACUAAGCAACAAUGGUAUUCUCUUUGGCCCGAACGGUGUCGAGCCACUUCCUGCCCCUUACAGUUAUGGUGAUCGUAUGGAAAUCAGCAACGAAUUGGCUUCAGGCAGCAAUCUUACUGCUAUGGAAUACAUCCCUAUGCCAUUCGAAUCCGACAAAUCAGACAUCCUCACACCCACCAUCUUCUAA